CGGCGGCACUCGCAACGCGCGACGCGCUCGGUUGAACCCGUUCAACGUUGACCGUAACUCCCAUCUCGCAGACUGUCUCUGGCAAGACAACUCAAGACGAUUCAAGACGUGGUCUCUGGCAGCACAGCAACUCAAUCUUUCGGAGUAGACUGGGGACACAAGAUGCGCCGCAAGUCAGUUAUCGCGCUGCUCGCGCUGUCGGUGCCGGUCACUGUCUCUGCCUGCGAGGGCGAAUGCAUCGUCAAGAUCACCAACGCCUACGUCGGCAACUACACCACCCCCGUCGACGCCGUCAUGCGCACCCUCGCCGGGCACGUCGCCUCGCUCCUCCCCUCGCAUCCCGACAUCCCCACCGCAGCCUCCUACCUCGCCCCGCUCCUCUCCGCCUACGAUGCCGCCGCCUACACCGGCAUGGAGACGGCGAUCUUCCCGAGCUUCUUCCAUGGCAAGUGCGCGCAGCACGGCGCCGACCCGCCCGGGUGCCCCAACCCCGACUGCCCCGUCGUCUGUGGCACGCCCGGCUCCAUGGUGCACUUCUUCCCGACGCUCCGCUACCUCGCGUACAACGAGACCCGCGCGAGGAUCGAGGCCGCCGCGGAUCCCGGCGGCGACGCCUACAAGCAGGUGGAGCAGAACGUGCUGGACGCGGCGAACGACCACAAGCUCAAGAUGCGCCUCGGGAGGAUCUCGCCCCGCAUGCCGAGCAAGACGAACACCAAAGCGAAGGCGAAGACUGGCGCGAAGGUCUCGGCGACUCCGAAGGUUAUGGGCCGCGCCGAAGCCGCUCCUGACGACCACAUCUUCGUCCCCGUCUUCGCUCGGGCUGAACUCUUGGACGACCUCAGCUCAGGGGACCUCAGCCAGCUCUCUGAGUUAACCCGCACCAAGACUGUCUUCGCGCGCACCGGCAUCAUGGACGACCUCAGCCCAGGCGACUUCGACCCGCUCUCCGAGUUCAGCCAAUCGCGCUGGCAAUGCACCGUCUCGGAGACCGCUACCGCCCCCGCCUCGGACUUCGCCCCGGACGACCACAUCUUCAUCCCCGUCCUCGCGCGUACCUCAGGUGCGGACUCGGAGGAGACGAUCAAGGAGCAGCUGCAGGCAGUCCUCGCGCAGGCAGGUGAGAUCCUCGGCCAGAUGUGCGGCGACGACGGGAGCGGGACCAGCGUGGAGAACCUGGCGAGGUGUAGCUGGGCCGCGGAGAUGAAGGAGUACAUCCUCACGUUCCCGUAGGCGGGGUGGAUGGGUUUGUUUGACGAUUAUAGCAUUACUACCUCACUGUCUUUCGGUUCUUCGUUUUGUAUGUGUAUGGAUGUAGCAUAGCCCGUGUCUGAAUGUAUCCAGUCCUCGUC